GAUGGUUCAAUGAUCAAUUAUGCAAAAUACGUUUUAGAAUUGGGCUUUUCUGUUGUAAUAUUAAAUUCUAAUGAGGAUUUUGGUAUAAGGGAAAAGUUUAUUCUGCUGAAGACUCCUGCACCAUUUACACGAUUUCAGAUAAGUUGUAGGCUGUUCGCGAUUAGUGUAAAUCCUGGAAUAAUGAUA